CUUUCUGCGAGACUCGCUUCCCUGCGUGUUCCCAGAAAUCCAAACGUUCUAGUCCAGAUCUCUCCUAUGAUCCCAUCAUCACCUGCCAGUCUUCCCACCAAUUCGAUUCGAACAUGCAAUUGUGCAUCCUGUCGAUGCCUGAUCUACAUUGCAGAUGUCCAAAGACGUAACUUUCUCCCCCGUGUCCACCAUCAUCCCACGAUCUCCUCAAGACGAUCUCCCAAACCCUUAUAUUCGACUCCGUCGCCGACAGACAGAUUCCGCGGUGGUUCUGAAACGUACCAUUCAUGCACCCCAGAGAGACCGGCAUCCCAUUCUGGCUCGCCGUUCGAUUGCGAAUCCUGCAUGGGCAGCAGACUCGAUUCCUUCUUCUUUCUCUCCCACUACCUCUUCUGUCUCGCCCAGGUUGAGCCUGAUAGGGUCGUCGGCGGGUCCAACUCAGGCCGAGGACUUCCAAGAACCCCGACAGACAACACGCUACGACCUAGAUGAUCGUCAACAUAAUCAAGCCUCCCGCUACAAGUCUCAUCGCGACGACCAGAGUAACGCCAGAGCUAAAGUUUCAGGCCGUCAGACCGUCAUGUCUGCGGCCGCCUCCCGUGACACGGGCAGGGCAGCCACGCUAAUAUCCACCGGUACCAGCGCCUCCCCAUCAGCACCAGGAACAACAAUCACAACCACAACCACAACAACAACGGCACCAGCAAACUCGAGCCCAUCAUCAGCAUCACAUCCCUAUCCAUCUUCUGCUUCAUCACCGCGUUUACCGCAGAGUCGAUUUAGCUUUGAGUAUCAGCUUCCCUGGCACAAGCGGGCCCUGCCGACCCAAGCUAGCUUUCCCAGUGUAACCCCCUCAGACACUGAUCCGACUCCGAACCCCCAGCGCGCUUUUUUGUACGACGGAUCUCGGCGGUCAGUGCCAACCUUCAGUACCUCCCGUGUUCGCAAUUCAACUGCGCCUGCUUCUCCGUCGCAUUUGCCGUCCCCGUUGUCAAUCUCAGAGAAGUCUAGCGAUUUUCCGCUGCCGUGUGAUGCGGACUCGAUCGACAACGCCCUGAGUUUCAAUGCCUCGAAGCGUCGUCGUAAACAGUCCUUGUCACAGUCUCAGCAACAAAGCCAGGCAGAUGUGAAGAGGAGGAUGCCGGUGUCAACAGCGACUUACGUCCAGGGGAGCCCACAGGCAAGCGAUCGCGAUCGCGCAAUCCACAACUUAGACCAGACCGAUCAAGAAGAUGGCGCUAGAACGCCAGUCGCAGAAGAUCCCAAAUCCAAGAAUGAGGACAUCUUCUUGAAUAUUGCCCGAUCAGACUCAAAGCGGCGCGACUCCUUGGGGCGCUCAGAACUUAGACGGCACUUACGACACCCCUUGCACUCCCUCAACAAUUCCCCAUCAAACCCUUACAGCGCCCUUCCUUACUCCUACUCGGCCUCCGCUCAUCCCCUUGAUGACCAUCCCCGCUCCCGACAUUCCACAAUAGGCUCGAGUUCGAGGUCAACUCUUGGCAUAUCGAGAAGUAGGCUUGGUCAGGCAAGCCCAGACACAUCACCAUACUCAGCCGAACUUCACAUAGAAAGAAGGGGCUCGCUACAAGAUCCUCGAGUUUACCGCCAUUCUGCUCUUGCCAGCCUUCGAAGCAGUCGACAGGCGUCGGGCUCCGAUGUCACAGAGCGGCCGCGGCCAGAGCCUGAUCGAUCACGGCAGGAUGGCACGGAGUCGACCUUGUCAACGACUGCUCCGUCUACGGUCUGGGAUGAGCUGGAAGAUCUGAAGUCGCGAAUCAAGAAGCUGGAAUUGACCGGAAAACUACCGCCGUCGUCUCAAGCUGCGAUAUCGACAGUCUCCGGAGAGCGACCCCGAACUGCAACCACUACAGUAACGACCGUCUCCUCCUCUCCAAACCACAACCAUAAGAUAAGCCUCUCAGCGGCGGAAACGGAGGCUGCCACGGCCACUAAUCCAGUGCACCCGCUUUUGCAAUCGGCUCUACUCAAAGCGAGAGAUGUAUUGACCAACGAGGUGUAUAAAUCGCUCGAGGCCGCAGUCACAGAUGCGCUGGCUCUCUCAAGCCUAUUAGGCACUAAUAAAGCUCCCUCUGGUGGAGUUUCGGUUGUCAAUGGCUACAGCUCCUCUGACCGGCAGUCUAGGCGAAAGGCCGACAGUGUCUGCCGCAGCUUGACAGAACUCUGUCUCGCUUUAUCAGACGAACAGCUUUCUAAACAGCACUUGUCGGCCGGCGACGAUGACACUAUAACCCAGUUACCUACCAGCGCGAAUGAGGAGUCGUCAACGCUCAAUCGUUCCCUUCGACGUAGUAUGACCUUGGAACCUGAGGUCCCCAGCCGCCGAAAGAGCACCACUCAUGUAUCUAGUCGUCUAGAGGCACGUCGGCAAAGCCUGGCCAAUACGAACGGCAACAGCAGCAGCAGAAAAGACCUCUCUGCUCUCCCGGAUGGCAAUAGUCCCUCAUCGCCCGGCGCAUCUGCUCCUAAAAGCCGACUCAGUCGUCUCUCAACUCCAUUGCGUAGCAAGAGGCUACAGCCCGAGGAUGAAGACACCGACCUGCCAAGUCCACAUAGUCGCUCGAUCUCAAGAGCGAUGACCGACAUUGACAAUUCAGCAGCGGCACAGCGCCUCUCACCGCGGCAGCGGGUGGUGCAUGGUUAUACCGCCUCCCAACAGGUCUCAGAUCCUCAGCGCCCUCAAGGCUCCAGAUUGUCGUAUCAAUCCACGCGUACACAGCUACAGCAACCACGCACCCCGACCGCACCGCAGUCCAGCAUUCCGCUACGCAGAAGCCUUGCAAUUCCUGCGAACUAUACGCCGACCACAUCCCGCUUGAACAUCCUUGCUGGUUCUCGCAGAUAUGGUACCUCUGGCAUUCCUUCAGCCGCAGGUGAUGGUUCGGCGCCGGACGGCCAGAGUGACGGUAUGUCCUCUCAACAAGGUCUGUUUCAGACAAGAAUUACCGCACCAUCGAGCAAGCAGGCAGCCAGCUAUACCCCCAUCCAGCAGAGUCGAGCACGAGCGAACAGUAUGGGAGUACGAACAUUUGGCCUCAGGCAGCGACCGACGGUCGCAUAUGAAGACCCUUUAGACGUGAGCAUCGACUGA